AUUAUUAUCAUUAUCAUCAUCAUCAUCGACCAUCGUUUGUGAUAUACAUACAUACAGCUGGUACAUAUUAUACCUAUAGGAUAUAAUUUUGAGUUAUGGAAAAUAAAAUAAUACUGGUUACUGGUGGUACUGGAUUGGUUGGUAAAGCCAUUGAAAAAACCAUAAACAAUGAUUCAAGAUCAGAUGAAAAAUGGAUAUUUGUUGGUUCCAAGGAUGCAGAUUUAACUAAUAAAGAAAGUACUCAAGAAUUAUUUAAAAAAUACAAACCAACUCACGUUAUUCAUUUAGCUGCAAUGGUUGGUGGACUUUAUCAUAAUAUGGCACAUAAUCUUGACUUUUUAAGAAAAAAUAUUCAUAUGAAUGAUAAUGUUUUGCAAACUGCACAUGAGAAUAAUGUUGUUAAAGUUAUAUCAUGUCUAUCAACUUGUAUUUUUCCUGAUAAAACAACAUAUCCAAUUGACGAAACAAUGAUUCACAAUGGACCACCACAUUCAUCAAACUAUGGUUAUAGUUAUGCAAAAAGACUUAUUGAUGUAUCAAAUCGUGGAUAUUUUGAGCAACAUUCAAGAAUUUAUACAAGUGUCAUUCCCUGCAAUGUUUUUGGUCCAUAUGAUAAUUUUAAUGAAAAAUCUAGUCAUGUUAUACCUGGAUUAAUGAGAAAGCUUUAUGAUUUAAUGCAACAACAACAACAAGAUAAUAGUGAGGACAAAAUAUUUACAGUUUUGGGAAGUGGUAAACCAUUGAGACAAUUUAUAUAUAGUUUAGAUUUGGCUAAAUUAUUUAUAUGGGUGUUGCGUGAAUAUAAUUCAGUCGAGCCAAUAAUUUUAUCUGUUGAUGAAAGUCAAGAAGUGACUAUUGCUCAAGUAGCUCAAUCAAUUGCAAAUGCAUUUGAUUUCAAAGGUAAUAUUAUAUUUGAUGUUAAUGCUGCUGAUGGCCAAUACAAAAAAACAGCAAGUAAUUUAAAAUUACGUAGUUAUUUGCCUGAUUUUAAAUUUACAAAUUUUAAUGAUGCUAUUAAAGAGACUGUCGAUUGGUAUCGAGUGAAUUAUCAUGAAGCAAGAAACUGACUGAUUGUCUCUCAUUUCCAGAAUUAAAAAUGUAUCAUAUUUUUGUUUUAAAAUUUAAUUAAAAUCAAGAAAAAAAAAUAUAUUGCUUUUUUUUUUUUUUUUUAGUUGUAUUAUUAUGAAAUUUCAUAAACAUUUUACAUGUUAAAUAAUAAUAAUAAUAAUAAUAAUAUAUUUUUGUUAUGAUACGAGACGCAGGCGCCGUCAAUUGCGUCGGGACGCCAAUGCCGCAGCACUGCAAAUUGCAAAAAAAAAAAAAAAAAAGAAGCAAAGCCCACACGCCGCAUUAUGUUAUCAUACCUAUAUGAAUAUAUGAAGCUUGAUGCUUCACCGAAUCACAGUGUUUGACAGUGCUUUACAUAGAUAGACUGUGUAGUAAAGGUGAUUUGGCAAAUUAGUUUGUACGAGGAUUCUUGUCUUUUUUUAAAUUAUUUAUUAUAUUUAUUAUAUUAUUUUCUGUACAAUAAUAAUUUUGACCACAACAAAAACAAUAAUAUAACUUGAUUCAAAGUGUUUUGUUGUUAUUAUUAUUUUCUUUUACGAGAAUAAGUCGUUGGUGUAUACGUGUGUGAUAAUGGCAAGAAAAAAAAAAAGUUGAAAAUUGAAUAAAA